AUGGAUCAUUUGGGUAAUCCUGUUUGGAUUUGGGCUUCUCCAAAUCAUAAGGCCACUCUUGCUGCCUCGGUGUAUGACACCAUCAGUUCCAAUGCUUUGUGCUCUAACCCUUGGGAUGGCUGGAACCAAAUCUGGAAAUUGUGUUCUAUCCCAAGAGUAAAAUUCUUUAUUUGGAAACUGAUGCAUGGGAAACUCUCUACUGGUGCGUUGCUUUACAGGCUUAAUAUUGGCCCUUUCACCUUAUGCCCUUUUUGUGGGCUUGAAGAAGAAACUUCGGAGCACAUUAUUUGGUCUUGCUCCAAGCUUGCUUGCUCUUGGAUCUCUAUCCUGCAGUCGAUUGGCCUCUCGGCUAAUGCUCCUGACUUUCUCUCAUCUGGAACUUGGCUAACCUUUCCGAAUCUCUCUCGAUCCAGUGGUGCCUGGGCCAGGGCCCUUAUUGCUUCUCUGGCUUGGCUCGCUUGGAAAGAGAGGUGUAAUCUUAUUUUUAAAAACCUGCAGCCCAGAUUUGAUACCCUCGCGGACAGAGCCUUCUCUCUUUGUUCUGAUUUCUUCUUGGCCUCCGGCAAGAUCUACAGGGAGUUUUCUAAGCCUCUCUCUUCAUUCUCCCCAUCCCCCUCAAUUUCCAUCUUCUCUGAUGCCUCAUGGUCUUCUGUCACCAACUCUUCUGGGAUGGGGUUCAUUAUCCUUGCCUCUAAUGGUCAAAUUUUACUUGCAGGAUCUCAGGGUGCUUUUCAUUCCUCUCCACUUGCGGCUGAAUUGUCUGCUAUGGCGCUGGCUUUGGAAGCUUGCUUGGAGCGUGGCUGGACACCUUCUCGGAUCUGUUGUGAUUGCCCCGGGAUUUUAAAUUUGAUUGAAAACCAUCAUCCCUGCGUGGCUUGGAAGUUCAAUACUGAAGCCCAGAAGCUUAAGCGUCUACUCAGGGCCUUCCCCGAUAUUUCCAUGAUCGCUAUCCCCCGGGAAGACAACAACGUUGCUGACGAGCUUGCUUAUUUUGGCAAACUAAACCCUCUUCGCUCCCUCUUCUCCAGAGAUUUGUUUUGUCCUUUCUGGCUUUUGGAGCUCUGCCGCGCUAGAGAUCUCUUCUUUUAG